UAGAAUAUUAAAAUAGAAGACACUUUAUUUUGUAAGAUUGAAUAUAACUAAUAUUCAAAAAAAUAAAAAAUAAAAUAAAAUAAAACUGCCAACCAUCAACAUAAGAGACGUGAAAAAACUUCAAAUAUAGUAGAUAUUCUGAUUUCAUAAGCAAUGGAGUACCCAUCCAACAUUAACACAUCUAACCAUCCCUCAUUUGCGGGCAUGGAAAACCAUUGGCCGCAAAGAACUGCAUGCAUAUACAAACGGCUUUGUUAAAAUAAGCACGUAAAUAAGUAUUUCCAAAUGAAAAAUAUCUCUCUUUUCUCUGCCUUUCUUUAAAAUAACCCUUUCUAUACUCUUUCUCAUAUGAACGAUUAUUAGCUCAACAAUUCAAAGAUUUGUUAUUAUAUUAAGAUUAUAAUUCUUAUGAUGGUCCAAUAGAAUAUUAAAAUAGAACCCUAAACAUAGCAAAAUAUAUAGACCUGAUGCAUAAGAAAGUUUGUGAAUUGUCUUCAUCUGAUAACAUUUUCUACUUAGGCAUGCUGCAAUAGAUCAAACAUGUAUAUAAACUCCUAUGGGAAUGCAGAUAAUGUUAAAUAAAUAAAUCAUUCCUUAUGAUUUGUGUAUUCAGCGAAACAAGUGUUCAUUGAAGUUGGAUUUUUUUCGACCAAUUACAGUCCGCACGAUGUUUGAUAAAUGCUUCCCUACAAGUUCUGUCAUUUUGCAUAAGCAACAAAAGAAAUUUAUAGACGGGCAUCCAACUAUAUUCUUGACCAAGCCCUAAUAAGGCUUUGUUACAGCUGAUUGUUAACACAAUAAUAGGGUUACGAAAAUAUGAUAAAUUUUCAUUCAUGGAAAAUAUUUCAAACAUGUAUUUCAUCUUAUACUUCAUGAAAAUAAGACAUGAUAAUUCACCAAAAGCAUUAGAGCACUCAGAAAUAGCAGUUUACCUCAUGAGGCACAAAAGUAAAUCACCCUUAUAUCAGAUUUAACCCAUAAAAAGACAGAUCUAAAAGCAAUGGCCGAAUCAUAGCACAAAUGCUUAAACCAGCAAACAAGCAAUAUCGAGCGACCAAGGAAAACGAGCAGCCGAGCCAACGCCGGAAUCCAAUCAUCGCCUUACUAUUCGGCUCUCUUGCGACCUGACCCUGAAGGCGGCUCACGAAAGUGAUGGUUUUAGCGAGAUCGGAGUAAGGCCGGGAGGGUUUGAGCCGGCCGCUUCGUGCGAACUGCGGAGAGUUCAACUCUCUUUGGCACAGCAGAAGUUAGACAAGGAAAGGAAAGAGACGGCGAGCAUGGCGAAGAAGAAAAAGGCAGAGAAAAGGCGAGCAGGGUGAAAACUCGCGAUUCUUAUCGAAGUACCGGGGCUCCCCGAGCUUCAACUUUCUUGGGCACAGCAAAAAAAGUAAGACAAGUAAAGAGAAGGCGAGAAAAAGGUAACCGGGCACGGUCGCUGGUUAAGAGGAGAGCCGGUCGCCUGAGUGCUUCGGACCGAAGAGGGAGAGUUCGCCUGAGGCGGCUAGCGCAUAGCGUGAAAAAAAUUCUCUACCGGUACCGGUUCAGUUCUUUUCAUCACAUCUUGUGUUGGUGGGCAAACCUUCUGGAUCUGGUGUGUGACACUUGUACAGUGGAGCUAAUUUGCCGCCAGCUGAUUUGAUGAAACUUAAUUUAUAAAGGAUAUAAAAGGUGAAGAUCUGAGCCAACUUUACUUCGGAUAUAUGUCCCAAUUAAUUCAGGUACAUUUUGUUUUUUAGGUAAAACAUGCAUCAUAAGGGCCCAUUAUUACUUAUAGUGUCUCUUCCCCUACUCUUCUCUGGCAUCCAUUUUAGUCGCCCGCUUUCUUUUUUGAAGCCUUUUUCGCUCUUAGAGCGAAUGGCUUCUUUACGUCCUGCAAAUCCUUCCAAGUCUGUUGAAAGGAGGCUUUACGAGUUUCUCGAGAAGCCACAGGAGCCUUUCCUUAUGGAUGUCUACCUUUUUGAGAAUGGGUGCUCGGACAGGAUCAUAAGGUCUCACUCUUCACCUUACUGCUGGCCUUUGAAUGCUGCCGGCAAGAGACUUCAAAAGUUUGGCUAUCAUGAGGGCCUUAGGAGGAGAAGUGCAGCUGGCUGCCUCACACGUGCAUGGGUUAAACUUUUCUACAGCAAAGCCAUCAGGAAGGUCUUGCAUUUGGAUCGGAUGUCCACUGCUAAGAAACAUUCCAGCAUUUUUGAUUUCUUCUCGGUUGAGUUGAAAGACCAGCUCAGUCCUGUGUCUGUUCUAGAACUUCAGCAUUCUGAUGAAAGCUCUCCUUUAGAUAAACAAAAUGAAUGUCCAUUGACCUUAAGAAUGGACUCACCAAGGGAAAGCCCCAGAAUUCAUGUCAAAUCACCGUUCUACCAAAAGGCAAAGUUUAGUGACAGGAGAAGGUUUCGGCUCGACUUCUUAACGGAGGCAGAGGAAAGAAAUUGGAGUUUCCAUGGUUGUUUGGACUCAAACAUGUUCGCAGACGCAAUGAAUGAGCCUAGGCUGUCAUGGAGAUGUGAAAAUGGAGAAGUGGCCAACUUGACCCAAACUAUAGCUUCAGAAUCCUCAAGAUUCAGAGCUAAAUUUAUCCAACUUAAGCCUGAGGCAUGGGAGAUUGGGCUUUUCUUAGAAGAAACCAUCUUAGAUGAUCUCAAGGAAGCAGCCAUUUUGGAUAUGCUGAACUCAAAUUUUCACUAGGAUAAAUACAGUCAUUUGUUUUAUGAUUCAUUCUCCUUUUUUUACAUUCUUCCCUUCUGCUACCAACCCAAAAAAGCAAAAAAAUCUCAAAAAAUAACUUUUAAAUAUUCCUUAAAGCAUGACAACAUUCUCUCCUACCUGCAAAAUACACUCCGGGAGUUGUUCUUGUCCAAGGGCUGGUGAAAUUCAUGUGCGGAUUAAUUGUAUGUAAAACCCACUUGUUAGGAAAGUAAGUUGAUGUUGAUAUGAUAGUUGGAAGUAGGCCCGUGUUAUUAGGAAGUUAAGAUUUUCAAAUGCGAUGGCUAUAUUUGGUGUUACAAUUUUAUUUUUAGUGAAACACACGUGAGCUUGUAUUUUUGCAAUAUGGAGUCCUUCUUCUUGUAUUAUAUGAGUCCCCCCCAUGCUCUGAGCUUCAGCACAUGGUCAUGUGGUCCCUUAAAUGAAAUUUGCGGUGGAUUUACCUAAAGCCCAAAGUUACAGCGACGCUUGAUGUGCGGCAAAAUUUGCUUUAGUGGACCACUGGUCCACCGCUAUUGGUGAUAUUUUGGCAAACAUUAUUAAAGGAUUUGAGAAGGAUGUUUCACUUGUCUCAGUGGCUUUGGCUUGUAAUAAUUGGUAGGAAAUUCAUAUAAUCACCUGUCUCAACUU